AUGGUUCGUGGCUUUAGUUUUCGAUUGGGGGAACGAGCCAUUUUUCUUUGUUUCUGUCUCAUUUUCGCCUGUUUUUAUAAUGGUGGUGGUUCGGGGUAUGAUAGGCGAGAAGGUAAAACAGAGCCGAGCGAAUUAAAAGAUGAAUUCAAAAGUAAACGCUUGAAUGAUGACGUUUUUCUCGAACAAGACGAACGCGUUUCUAACUUGACAGAAAAUGCGAAACAAGUUGACAGCAACAAGGCACGGAAGAAAUCUGAUCUUUCAAAGAUGGUUACAAAAGGUAAAUUUUAAAAAUCUGAGAAUGUUCGUAGUUUGGAAGAAGAUAAUAAUAAUAAUUAAUUAAUAUAAUUUCGUUUAUAGAAACAGCGAUAAAAACACUCCGAAGUGAUAGAAUACGGAAGAGCUCACAACCGCCUCCUUCAACUCCUUCGUCUGAGAUAAACUUUUUAAGCGUAGAAUCCACAAAUUCCAUCUCCCACUCAAGUGAGAAAAAAUGGCAAAGAAAUGGCGGCAAAAUCAUAUCUUCAUUGGAAAAUCAACGUUUUCACCAGAAUGACAAGAGAGGAAUAUCCAAAAGAGAGACGUUUGCUUCACUCACAACUCAACAUCUCCGGAGCAGACGUGAAAUUGAUGCAUUCUCAGAAAGCAUGGUGGGUCCGACCGAAUGCGCCAAUUUUACCUUUACUAUAAAGUAUGAAGAUAAAUACAGUGUAUGGAAGAACUUUUCAAUGAUGUAUCAAAGUCGAAUGUACCGUUAUAACGACUACAGAGUAACAGACAGUGGUCUACAAGUUUGUAAUUCCUCUGACCCCCGUAUUAAACAAGGAUGGCAGGAUUUGAUUGCUCAUGAAAAGGAAGUGAUCGCUGCCCAGCAUUGUAAUGUAUCCGUGGACGGAUUUUAUCACUCCAAGUACACAUUAUACAGAAAUUUUACUCUUUUCUUCAAACCAACUGAGCAAAGUUUCACAAGGCAAGAUUACGGAGUGAUUUUUGGGUAUUUUGUAAUUUGUUCAGCAAAGCUUAAUUUGUCGUGCAAUGAUGGCUUGGCUAAAGUGAAGUACGGUGGUCAAUACAAUGUUUCGCAAAAUUUUUCGCUGUUUCAUAACAACAAGAUCUACGAUUAUCGUGAAUAUCGAUUCGGAAACGAGGGUUUUGAACUUUGUGCUUCCAAUGAUUCAAGAGUUCGCGUUAUUUGGACAACUCGUAAUUCGUGGGAAAAGUUUAAAGACCGGUAUACAUGUCGCGGAUCUGUUGAUAAAUUAUCAGAUGCAAAAUACUACAUCGUGAAUAAGCAGUUCACUGUUUAUUUCCCGUCUAGGAGUCAAUAUUUCACAAGAAAGAACUAUUCGGUGAAAGACGGUACACCUUAUAUAUGCAAAGAAUAUUACAGACCCACAUCAACAGAGUAUACCCAGGAAGAUCUAUUAAUGUGUAACGAUUCCGUAAUAAAUAUAAAAUACCACGAUGAAUACAAAGUUCGGAUUGACUUUUCAAUACUCUAUAAGAACAAGGUGUACGAUUAUACUGAGUAUCGAGUUCUGAAUGAUAGCAUAAAGAUUUGUAACUCCACUGAUAACUACAUGAGGAAUAUUUGGAAACUGCGUAAUGACUGGGUAAAGGAACAUCGUAAAAGUUGCAACAAAUCCAUUAGAACCAUUUGGUUGCACAGAAAGUAUUAUACUGUGAAUAAGCAGUUCACUGUCUAUUUGGCAGGUUACGGUCAAUAUUUCACAAGAAAUGACUAUGCGGUGAUGGAUGGUAAACUUAAAAUAUGCAAAAAAAAGUUAAGAUCCAUAUCAACGGAGUAUACCCAGGAAGAUCUAUCAAUGUGCAACGAUUCAAUCAUCAAUAUCAAAUACGACGAUGGAUACAAAGUACGGACUGACUUUUCAAUACUUUAUAAGAACAAGGUGUACGAUUAUACUGAGUAUCGAGUUCUGAAUGAUGGCAUAAAGAUUUGUAACUCCACUGAUAACUACGUUCGUAAUACCUGGAAAGUACGUGAUUACUGGGUAAAGGCGACAAUGCAAUAUAAAAAUUGCAAUAAACCAAUCAUGUAUUUCGAGUUGAACCGAAAGUAUUACACUGUGAAUAAGCAGUUUAUUGUCUAUUUGGGAAGUCAUGGUAAAUAUUUUACAAGAAAUGACUAUGCGGUGAUAGACGGUAAACCUAAAAUAUGCGAAGAAAACUACAGACCUGCAUCAAGAGAGUAUACCCAGGAAGAUCUAUCAAUGUGCAACGAUUCAAUCAUCAAGAUCAAGUACGACGAUGAAUACAACGUUCGGACUGACUUUUCAACACUCUAUAAGAACAAGGUGUACGAUUACACUGAGUAUCGAGUUCUGAAUGAUAGCAUAAAGAUUUGUAACUCCACUGACAACUACAUGAGGAAUAUUUGGAAUCUACGUAAUAAAUGGGUAAAGGCGACAAGGCAUUAUAAACAUUGCAAUAAAUCCAUUAAAACCAUUUGGUUGUACAGAGAGUAUCACACUGUGAGUAAGCAGUUUACUGUCUAUUUGGCAGGUUACGGUCAAUAUUUCACAAGAAAUGACUAUGCGGUGAUUGAUGGUGAACUGAGAAUAUGCAAAGAAAAGUUAAGAUCCAUAUCAACGGAGUUUUCCCAAGAAGAUCUAUCAAUGUGCAAUGAUUCAAUCAUCACUAUCAAAUACGACGAUGAAUACAAAGUUCGGACUGACUUUUCAAUACUCUAUAAGAACAAGGUGUACGAUUAUACUGAGUAUCGAGUUCUGAAUGAUAGCAUAAAGAUAUGUAACUCCACUGAUAACCACGUAAGGAACAUUUGGAAAGUACGUAAUUACUGGGUAAAGCCGAGAAUGCAUCAUAAAAGUUGCAAUAAACCCAUCAUUAUAAAGUUGCACCGACAGUAUCACGCUGUAAAUAAGCAGUUCACUGUCUAUUCUGGAAGUUAUGGUCAAUAUUUUACAAGAAAUAACUAUAAGGUGAUCUACGGUAAACUUAAAACAUGCAAAGAAAAAUACAGACCAAUAUCAAGAGAGUAUACCCUGGAAGAUCUGUCAAUGUGCAACGAUUCAACCAUCAAUAUCAAAUACGAUGAUGAAUACAAAAUUCGGACUGACUUUUCAAUACUCUAUACGAAUAAGGUGUACGAUUAUACUGAGUAUCGAGUUUUGAAUGAUGGCAUAAAGAUUUGUAACUCCACUGAUAACUACGUACGCAAUAUUUGGAAAGUACGUAAUAAAUGGGUAAAGGCGACAAAGCAUUAUAAAAGUUGCAAUAAAUCCAGUACAUACAUUACGCUGAACCAAGUGUAUUACGCUGUGAAUAAGCAGUUCACUGUCUAUUCGGGAAGCCAUGGUGAAUAUUUUACAAGAAAUGAUUAUGCGGUGAAAGACGGUAAACCUAUUAUAUGCAAAGAAAGGAACAGAUCGAUAUCAACAGAGUAUACCCAGGAAGAUCUAUUGAUAUGCAAUGAUUCAAUCAUCAAUAUCAAAUACGAUGGUGAAUACAAAGUUCGGACUGACUUUUCAAUACACUAUAAGAACACGGUGUACGAUUAUACUGAGUAUCGAGUUCUGAAUGAUAGCAUGAAGAUUUGUAACUCCACCGAUAACUACGUACGCAAUGUUUGGGAAGUACGUAAUAAAUGGGUAAAGGCGACAAUGCAUCAGUAUAAAAAUUGCAAUAAAUCCAGUACACACAUUACGUUGAACCGAAAGUAUUACGCUGUGAAUAAGCAGUUCACUGUCUAUUCGGGAAGUCAUGGUGAAUAUUUUACAAGAAAUGACUAUGCGGUGAAAGACGGUAAACCUAUUAUAUGCAAAGAAAAGAACAGACCGAUAUCAACAGAGUAUACCCGGGAAGAUCUAUUAAUGUGCAACGAUUCAAUCAUCAAUAUAAAAUACGAUGAUGAAUAUAAAGUUCGGACUGACUUUUCAAUACUCCAUAAGAACAAGGUGUACCGUUAUACUGAGUAUCGAGUUCUGAAUGAUGGCAUAAAGAUUUGUAAUUCCACUGAUAACUACGUAAGGAAUACUUGGGAAGUACGUAAUUACCAAGUAAUGGCGUUAAGAGGAGUUCUGAUUAGUGCAAUUCACGAUUGGGACCAUAUAUAUGCAUACACUGCGUUGUUAUCUCCAAAGUUUUACGCUGUGAAUAAGAAGUUCACUAUCUAUUUGGGACGUCGUGGUCAAUAUCUCAAAAGGAAUGACUAUGCGGUGAGAGACGGUAAACCUUUAACAUACGAAGAAAAGUUAAAACCCAUAUCAACAGAGUAUACCCAGGAAGAUCUAUCAACGUGCAAUGAUUCAGUCAUCAUUAUAAAAUACGACGAUAUAUACAAAGUACGGACUGACUUUUCAAUACUCUAUAAGAACAAGGUGUACGAUUAUACUGAGUAUCGAGUUCUGAAUGAUAGCAUAAAAAUGUGCAACUCCACUGAUAAGGACGUAAGGGAUUUUUGGCAACUGCGUAAUAAAUUGGUAAAGGCGACAAUGCAUUAUAAAAGUUGCGAUAAAUCCACACACUUUGACGGCUUUGAGUUGUACCAAGAGUUUUACGCCGUGAAUAAGCAGUUCACUGUCUAUUUGGCAUUUAACGGUCAAUAUUUGAGAAGAAAUGACUAUGCGGUGACAAACGGUAAACUUACAAUAUGCAAAGAAAAGUUAAGACCCACAUCAAGAGAGUAUACCCGGGAAGAUAUAUUAAUGUGCAACGAUUCCGUCAUCAAUAUCAAAUACGAUUAUGAUUACAAAGUUUGGAAUAACUUUUCAAUACUCUAUAAGAACAAGGUGUACGAUUAUACUGAGUAUCGAGUUCUGAAUGAUGGCAUGAAGAUUUGUAACUCCACUGACAACUACAUAAGGAAUAUUUGGAAACUACGUAAUUACUGGGUGAGGGCACUAAUGCAUUUUAAAAGUUGCAAUAAAUCAACAUACUUUGGGUUACACCGAGAGUAUUACGCUGUAAAUAAGCAGUUCACUGUCUAUUCUGGAGGUCAUGGUAAAUAUUUCACAAGAAAUGACUACGGGGUGAUAGAUGGUAGACCUAUUAUAUGCGAAGAAAAGUUCAGACCCAUAUCAAGAGAGUAUACCCAGGAUGAUCUAUUAAUGUGCAACGAUUCAAUCAUCAAUAUAAAAUACGAUGAUGAAUACAAAGUUCGGACUGACUUUUCAAUACGCUAUAAGGACGAGGUAUACGAUUACACUGAGUAUCGAGUUUUGAAUGAUGACAUAAAAAUUUGUAACUCUACGGACAACUACAUAAAGAGUACUUGGAAACUGCGUAAUUACUGGGUAAGGAUACUAAUGCAUUUUAAAAGUUGCAAUAAAUCCACAUACUUUGGGUUGUACAGAGAGUAUUACGCUGUGAAUAAGCAGUUCACUGUCUAUUCGGGAGGUCAUGGUCAAUAUUUCACAAGAAAUGAUUACGGGGUGAUAGACGGUAAACCUAUUAUAUGCAAAGAAAAGAACGGACCGAUAUCAACAGAGUAUACCCGGGAAGAUCUAUCAAUGUGCAACGAUUCAAUCAUCAACAUAAAAUACGAUGAUGAAUAUAAAGUUGGAACUGAUUUUUCAAUGCUCUUUAAGAACAAGGUGUACCGUUAUACUGAGUAUCGAGUUCUGAAUGACGGCAUAAAGAUUUGUAAUUCCACUGAUAACUACGUAAGGAAUAUUUGGAAAGUACGUAAUAAAUGGGUAAAGCCGACAAUGCAUUUAAAAAGUUGUAGUAAACCCAUUACACACAUUCAGUUCGACCAAUGGGAAUACACUGUUCUUAAAGAUUUUAGAGUACACAUUUUGGUAAGAAAGCAGUUGAGAACAAAGUACGACUAUGGUGUGUUUGAAGGUAAACUUAUAACAUGUGUGACCGAAUGCGCCAAUUUUACAUUUACUAUAAAGUAUGAAGAUGAAUACAGAGUAUGGAACAACUUUUCAAUCAUGUACCAAGGUCAAAUGUACUAUUAUGACGAAUACAGAAUCACGGACGAUGGUCUACAAGUUUGUAAUUCUUCUGACCGUCACAUGAAAGAAAAAUGGAGGCAUUUCAUUCUUACAGAAAAGAUAACGAAAGCUUUCAGCCAUUGUAAUGUAUCUGUGGACGGUUUUUACUCCGAAAAUUACACAUUAGAUACAAACUUUACUGUUUUCUUUAAACCUACCAAACAGAAUUUCACAAGGGAAGAUUACGGAGUGAUUUUGGGGUAUUUUGCAGUUUGUUCGGCAAAGAUCAGAUUGUCCUGCAAUGAUUAUUUGGUCGGAGUAAAGUACGGUGAAGGAUACAAUGUUUUUGAAAACUUUUCGCUCGUUUACAACAAAAAAAUAUACGAUUAUCGCGAAUAUCGAUUUAGCCACGACAGUCUUGAAAUGUGUGGUUCCAAUUAUUCACGAGUUCAGGACAUUUGGAGAACUCGAAAUACAUGGCAAAAGUCAUUACGCGCAUCCUGUUAUCGUUCUUAUAAAUUAAAUGCAAGAUACUACACUGUGACAAAGCAGUUUGCUGUGUAUUCGGCAGAUAACGGUCAAUAUUUCAAAAGAAAUGACUAUGCGGUGAUAGACAGCAAACCUUAUGUAUGCGGAAGAAAACUUGAGACCAAUUUACGUAAUUACAAACUUUAAGAUUAUUAUAGCACCAUUAUGUGCUUUAGCGCUUUCUAUUAUUUCUUUGCUAUUGUUGUUGAUAGUUUACUGCAUGCUUCCAGAACUGCGCACACUUCCUGGUUUGAAUUUAAUGAGUUUAAGCUUCGCCUUGCUGUUGUGGCAGACUUACCUUGUAGUAUUUUUGUCACUGUAUUCUCGAAGGAGGAUGCGACGGAAGACGAUACAUUAAGGAUUAUUAAACCUAUUGCAUCUUUGAAGAAAGAUGUUCAGUCACGCCUAAAGUUUUAUGAACGCAUUGUUUUUGCGCAUGGAGAUACGAAAGAAGAUGAUGCAAGGAUUUAUCAACAUAUUUCUGGAGAUUGUAUCAAUGGUCGAAUUACUCCAGAUUGGUCAGCUGCUAUUGAUGUCUAUGGUCUUCAAGGUUGUCUUUUGUUGUACAUUAUUGGAAUGUUUAUCUUCACUGCUUAUCGAAUUCGCCAAAAACUCAAGGCAAGCCGGAACAUUGCACAGAAAUCGAAUAUUGUUAAGCGUCGUAAAUUUGUGAUAUUGCUCAAGCUGUCAACCACUACAGCCUUAAGUUAUUGGUUUCCUCUCUUCAUAUCUAGAAUCGUGGAUUUUAAUUUUGACAUAAAGAUAGCGUUAUAUACUGUAACUUUGCUUACUGGUGCCUACAUUGGUAUUGCGUUUGUCUUCACACGAAGAAAUUAUCAGUUGCUCAAGAAAAAAUAUUUCCCAGCAAAAAAUGAGCCAGUUAAUUAA